AUGAACAAGAACGACGGCGGGAAACGGCACGAUGCGCAAGCGUUUCCUGUCAAGCAAAUGGUCGUGCUCGGCUUAUGCCGGAUAUGCGAGCCAAUUGCGUUCAUGUCGAUCUUCCCAUACAUCUACUAUAUGAUCGAGUCGUUCAAUAUCACCACUGACGGCAAGCAAAUCGCCUUGUACGCAGGCCUGGUCACAUCGGCAUUUGCAUUUGCGGAAUGCUUGGCCGGGCCGUUCUGGGGACGCUUGAGCGACAAGUACGGACGGAAACCGAUAUUGCUCACCGGUAUUGCUGGCACCGGUCUCAGCAUGCUUGUGUUUGGCUUCGCAAAAGAUCUACCGACUGCGCUUGUUGGACGAGCUCUUGGCGGCAUCUUGAAUGGCAACAUUGGUGUGCUGCAGACUACGGUGGCUGAGGUUGUCACCGUGGAAGCUCACCAGGCUCGUGCAUACGCCAUUAUGCCCUUCGUCUGGUGUUUGGGCAGCAUAGUCGGAUCUGCAAUGGGUGGUGCGCUUGCGGACCCUGUGCGCAACUACCCAAGCAUGUUCGGCCACGGAACAAUCUUCGAAGCCUAUCCUUACCUGCUCACCAAUCUGGUUUGCGCGGCAGUGGUGAUUUUCAGCUUGGUGAUUGGACUAUUGUUUCUAGAAGAGACUCAUGAGGAUAAGAGGGACCGCAAAGACCUCGGACGCGACCUUGGCAAUUGGAUACUGGGCCGCCUUGGGAAGGUAGCCACGACUCCAUCGCUCAGUUACAAGGAUGGGCAUGAUGAAGAAGCUCUGUUCCUCGUCACAGAUGACGAGCUGCCUCCAGAUUACAGCAGUACAGCUUCGUCACCCAUGCUACCUCCCACGUCGAGCGAGCUCCCGCCACCAGCAUAUCGCUCCAUAGAAGGCUCGCCGCGCAGUUCCGAUGCCUUGGAUACGAAUGAUGCGUUCUCCGCAGAGGUGGAAGCCGCCUUGCGUGGCGCAGAACGAGAUGCCAAGCGCUCUGCAAGCGCAUCCAAUGCUUUCACGAAGCAAGUCAUCUUCAACAUCAUCGGCUUCGGCAUCCUUGCAUAUCAUACCAUCUCCGCAGAGCAGCUUCUCCCAGUGUUGUUUAGCAUGCCAGAAUCCGACUCAACGCCCUCACUGCCCUUCAUGUUCACCGGCGGCUUCGCAUUGUCGACGAAAUUUAUCGGUGGCAUCCUUGCUGCCCAAGGCUUCAUCCAGAUGGUGGCCACUAUGGUCAUCUUCCCCAUCGUGAGUCGCAGAUUAGGCAGCCUUGCGACUUACCGUAUGGUGGUGAUAUCCUACCCUCUUCUCUACCUGGUUGUACCUUAUCUGACAUUGGUGCCAAUCAACUGGAGGAUGCCGGCGGUCUGGGCUGUCAUUGUCUGGAAGGUGACCGCUCAGGCUUUUGCGUUUCCGUCGACCAAUAUCAUGCUCGCCAAUUCAGCGCCAUCAACGAAGGUGCUCGGCACGCUCAACGGUGUCGCUUCGUCAGCCGCCAGUGGCAUGAGAGCGUUCGGCCCGACAAUAUCAGGCCUUCUGCAAUCUGCAGGCCUCACAAUCGGCGCUCUGGGCCUUCCAUGGUGGGUCAAUGCACUGAUCGCUUGCUCUGGCGCAGUACUCAGUCUCUUUAUGGUUGAAGAGAGGCGUCGAACCUUCCUAUCAGAGAAGCAGCAAGACACGGAUGACUCGGUCCCAUUACCUUCAGCACUCGAGGCGGACGAGCUGGACGCCGCACUGGUUGCAGCCGAGAGUCUGAACGUGUCGUCCGAGAGCCACCUUCAAACACCUGGCUCUCCCCUACUCACGAGGAUGAGUCUGGACAUUCGGCGCAACGCUCGCCGUGAAAGCAGAUCAUAG